AAGUGAGGUCGUGAGCAGUAUCAGCCCUGAAGUCCGGCUGUGUGGAACGCUGUGGUUUACUUGGCUCCUCCGUAUACGAUCAAUGUCAGUGUCAUGGGCUGCAGAUUUAUAAUUCUUCUCGCGUUUAGUGUUGCUGCGGUGGCCGAAGGUCGUCUCGUGUGCCACUACACCACUUGGUCGCGUGACCGCCCAGAUGAUGGCGCAUUCCAGAUCGAAGACAUCCCCGGAAAGCUGUGCUCGCAUAUGGUGUAUAACUUUCUAGGAGUCAACGAAACAUCGUACCAAUUGGAACUGCUUCAACCUGAGUACGAUAUAGGCGAAAGGGGAUUAGAGCGGUUCGCUGCGUUGAAAACUCGCUUUCCUCACCUGAAGCUAAUAGUGGCCGUCGGUGGGUGGGCCCAUGGUGGUGCGCGAUUUAGCGAGAUGGCUAAAUUCAGAGAAAGGCGCAAUCAGUUCAUCGGAAGCGUCAUGAAGUUCCUUCACCAGUACCGCUUCGACGGCAUCGAGCUGGUGUGGCUCUACCCAGGCAACUAUGACCGAGGUGGCACAGUGGAGGAUAAGGAUACGUUUCUGUACCUAGUGACCGAGAUGAGCAAAGUCUUCCGGGAGGAUUCGAAAGACUGGGAGGUGAUUAUUCAAGUGCCGGUCGAUAGCUCUCGUAUGGCCGCCGGAUACCACCAGGAGGAGUUGUGCCGUGUAGCCGACUACGUUCACAUGAUUGGGUACGAUCUGCGAGGCUGGUGGAAUAAUUUCGCCGACGUCCAUAGUCCCCUAGCGCCCAGACCCAACGACCUGGCCAUGGAGAGUUUUGAAAAAGUUAACGUUGGUGACGGCGUCGAUGAUUGGCUGACCAAGGGUUGCCCUUCGCAGAAGAUAGUGUUAGGUGUGGCGCUUUUCGGGCGCACUUACAUGCUGGACGAUCCUCUGGACAAUGCGAUCGGCGCGGUUACCGUCGGGGCUGGCGAUGCCGGCCCGUACAGCAACGAACCGGGCUAUCUGGGCUACUGUGAGUUUUGCCAAAACUUGACCAGCUCAGAAUGGGUCAAGAAAUGGGAUGACGUUGGUCUGUGUCCUUACGCAUACAGUAACACCACUUGGAUUGGCUAUGAAGACGAACGAUCGUUACAGGAGAAAAUAAACUUCGCCAAUCGAAAAGGGCUAGGAGGGCUGUAUGCCUUUUCCUUAGAUUUGGACGAUCAUAAAGGAACUUGCGGCGAGGCAUUUCCUCUUACCAGAUUCCUUUCCAAAUACCAUGAUGAAACGAAAGUAAGCCAAUGGUAUGUGUUUCCGUAGGGGUAGGAUUAUUCAUACGCGUGUAAAGUAAUAAAAUAACAAAAAGAU